UGAAAGUAGUUGCAAAACAGCGUUCAUCCACUUCACAGGCAAGAGGAAAGACGUCUGUUACUCCACAGUCUAUAGAAGGCAUCCCUUCAUCUAUAUGAUGCUAGCUGAGGUGUGUCAGGUGCUGCGGGGAGCAGGAAAGGUUGGCCAAGCAUUUGCCAACACACAAGGAGAGAUGCUGAGGCUAAUGGCCUGUAACUCCACGCUGGGCACUGGGGUCAAAGCUGCCCAGGAGGUGGUCGAGGGCGUGAUGGGCACAGUCAUGGGUGGUGCUGCCAUGCAACUGUCCAUCAAGGAGGAUGUGUUCCCUGAUGCUGAGGGAUGGGAGGAAAUGGAUCCGGACGAGGCUGCUAAAUGCGCGGUGGGCUCCGAAUUCCCACCAGGCCUAGAGGCCACAGAGAUGCUCAGCGGAGCGCCUCUCAGCCCAGCUGGGGGUCCAAGGGGAGCAGGUUGGCCUGGCCAAAGUGCCCGGUUCCUGCACAUUGCCUUGACGCAAUGGCACAGCAGGUUUUUCCAUGACUCAGUAGUGGACAGACUCACCCCAGAGGACAUCAAGAAGGCCAGGGAGUCCAAACAGGCAUUUGCCAGGCCUAUUGUUAAGCAGAAGCUUAGUGAUCGUGCAAGAGAGAGGAAGGUCCCUGCCACGAGAAUCAGCAGGCUGGUUAACUUCGCAGGUCUGGCAGUUGGGCUGGGACUAGGUGCCAUUGCAGAGGUGGUGAAGCAAUCUAUGGGAGCCAAGCGUGCAGAAGGUGCCCUGUUGGACUCACCUCUCUUGUCCGAGGCCAAUGCUGAGAGGAUAGUGAACACCUUGUGCAAAGUCAGAGGGGCAUCCCUCAAAAUAGGACAGAUGCUCAGUAUACAAGACCCCCCCCAGAUCUGCUUCAACAUCCUACAGCUGUGUCUGAGAGAGCUCUUUGAGUUCCGCUUCAUGCAGACGGACCCCAACUGGGCCAACUUCUUUUACAACGCUGAGCAGAACAAGAUUAUUCUGUUGGAUUUCGGUGCGUGCCGGGAUUACCCUGAGGCCUUCACAGAUGAUUACGUACAGGUGGUGCACGCAGCCUCCAUCGGAGAUAGGGAGACUGUACUGGAGAAAUCCAAGGACCUUAAGUUCCUCACAGGGUUUGAGGCCAAGGCGUUCCAGGAUGCCCACGUGGAGGCGGUGAUGAUUCUGGGCGAGGCCUUCGCCAACUCUGACCCCUUUGAAUUUGGCACCCAGAGCACCACGCAGCGGAUCCAGAGCCUGAUCCCCGUCAUGCUGCGCCACCGCCUCACCCCGCCCCCGGAGGAGACCUACUCCCUACACCGCAAGAUGGCCGGCUCCUUCCUCAUCUGUUCUAAGCUUGGCGCCAAAAUCGCCUGCAAGGACAUGUUCCUGGACAUCUACAACUCCUACCAACAGCGGCGGCUGGAGAAAGAGAAGGCUGCCCAAAUUCAGGUUUAGAUAGGGUCAAAGGUCAUUACUAGUGGUCACCCUUUCAGACUGCAUCCUAGUGGGCAGAACUGACUGUCCAACUCCCAUGGCUGUGGACUAUGUUUAUUUAAGAUAUUGUAACUGCACUACACGGGUGAUCCAGACUCCCAGCACUUUGACUGUCAGUGACUUGAUGCCACUCAAACUCAGUGAGGUGGUCUGGCAGUAAGGAGUGGGAGGCAGAGCGUCUGCUUGUAUAAAAGAACAGAAAGAAACUCUAUAGCAUGUGUGAUUUCACUUGAGAUUAGUGUUAAUAAUAAUAAUUGUAUAAAGGUAUGGUUCAACUUGAUGUACAUAUAAUUGAUUUGAGCUGUGUCUAUGUUAAGGUAAUAGGUUUUGAGUGUUGGAUUGUGUUUUUGAUGUGCCCUGGUCCAAUGGUUUCCAUCGAACUGUCAUUUUUAAUGCUAAUGCCACAAAUUUUGUUUCUGAAAAUGGCAGUGUUUGUCCUCAAAGCCAUUUUUACACUGAAAAGUGAAGUGGAUGUUAUUGUACACACUACAAAGAUUGUUCUUUCAGAUAUUAUUGCAAUCUUCAACAGGUAUAUUUUUGGCUAAAAACACAAUGUGGGGAAUAUUUAAGGCCGUAAAAUAACUUCUUUACAAGGCUUAUUUCACGGACUUUUUUUGGUUGCAGUAUUAAGCCGUCUUGUGAAUGUAUUUCCACGGCAUGUUGAUGAGCAUUGUUCUACGGAUUUUAAAGGGCUGUUUGAUGGAAACCCUAAUGUCCUUGAAAACAGUAUGAUAAAAUAGUCCAGCUAGAUGACGGCGCCUGUACAAAGCAUCCGCAUUAAUGUGUGCGUUGAUGUUCUGUUCCAUGCACUUUGGGACCAUACUCCACCUCCAUAAGACAUAAUCAAUGAUUAUUCUGUGGGUUUCCAUCCUUGCAAUUAACAGUUGACUAGAAGGCAGACCUAUUGCCACGGGAUAGCUGUUUAAAUUGAAUUCAGAACAAAACGGACUGAAAUGUGUAGGAUAACCUCCACUUCUCCAAUAAGAAACGCUAAUUUCGUUGCAAAACGUUUUGCACUAAUGAAUAUACGCCUGUAUUAGCAGGCGCCUGCUAGUAAUGAGGUAAUUUACCUGCUCAGUAGAUAACACAAAAACAUACCUUUGACAUGUUCACUCUGAUGAUUAAGAGAUGGGGCAGGGACUGGAACAUUGACUAAAUGGCCCAUCUUUACUGUAUAUUCUGCUAAACUCUCUGAUGUACACAAGGUGAAGCACUGUAAGGUGCAUACGGAGAAGGCGGUUUACUGGUGUGAGCCCAACCUGUUGGAUUCCCUUCUUCACUCCCUGUGAGUCAUUUACUGUUCAUGUCUCUGGACUGAAAUAGAGGAGACCUUCCAGGGUCUACAUACAGAACAUCUUGAUGAUAGAUCCUUCCAUUCUAAUGCUAUUUCCUCCACAAUAAUCUACUGGACAGUUAGCCAUUAUAUUUCGUCAUCUCUGGCCCAUCUACCUUGUACCAGACAAGUGACAAGAAAAAGCCUGUGAACCUUUUGGAAUUAUCUGGAUUUCUGCUUAAAUUGGUCAUACAAUUUUGAUCUGAUCUUCAUCUAAGUCACAACAACAGACAGUCUACUUAAACUAAUAACACACAAACAAUUAUACGUUUUCAUGUCUUUAUUGAACACACUGUGUAAAAAUUCACAGUGCAGGGUGGGAAAAGUAUGUGAACCCUUGGAUGUAAUAACUGGUUGACCCUCCUUUGGAAGCAAUAAAGGACUGUAGUUGCGGAUCAGACCUGCGCAACGUUCAGGAGGAAUUUUGGACCAUUACUCUUUACAAAACUGUUUUCAGUUCUGCAAUAUUCUUGUGUCUGGUGUGAACUGAUCUCUUGAGGUCAUGCCACUGUAUCUCAAUCGGGUUGAGGUCAGGACUCUGACUGGGCCACUCCAGAAGGUGUAUUUUCUUCUGUUGGAGCCAUUCUGUUGUUGAUUUACUUCUGUGUUUUGGGUCGUUGUCCUGUUGCAUCACCCAACUUCUGUUGAUCUUUAAUUGGCGGACAAAUAGCCUUACAUUCUCCUGCAAAAAGUCUUGAUAAACUUGGGAAUUCAUUUUUCCGUCGAUGAUAGCAAGCUGUCCAGGCCCUGAGGCAGCAAAGCAGACCCAAACCUUGAUGCUACCUCCACCAUACAUUACAGUUGGGAUGAGGUUUUGAUGUUGGUAUGCUGUGCCUUUAAGCUGUCCAUAGAAUAUUUUGCCAGUAGCGCUGUGGAACAUCCAUGUGCACUUUUGCGAACUUCAGACGUGCAGCAAUGUUUUUUUUGGACAGCAGUGGCUUCUUCCGUGGUGUCCUCCCAUGAACACCAUUCUUGUUUUGUGUUUUACGUAUCGUAGACUCGUCAACAGAGAUGUUAGCAUGUUCCAGAGAUUUCUGUAAGUCUUUUGCUGACACUAGGAUUCUUCUAAACCUCAUUGAGCAUUAUGCGCUAUGCUCUUGCAGUCAUCUUUGCAGGACGGCCAGUACUAGGGAGAGUAGCAACAGUGCUGAACUUUCUCCAUUUAUAGAAAAUGUGUCUUACCGUGUACUGAUGAACAUCAAGGCUUUUAGAGAUCCUUUUGGAAACCUUUCCAGCUUUAUGCAAGUCAACAAUUCUUAAUCUUAGGUCUUCUGAGAUCUCUUUUGUUUCAGGCAUGGUUCACAUCAGGCAAUGCUUCUUGUGAAUAGCAAACUCAAAUUUUGUGUUUUGUAUCGGGCAGGGCAACUUUAACCAACAUCUCCAAUCUCGUCUCAUUGAUUGGACUCCAGAUUAGCUGACUCCAAUUAGCUUUUGGAGAAGUCAUUAGUCUAGGGGUUCACAUACUUUUCCCAACCUACACUGUGAAUGUUUAAAUUAUGUAUUCAAUAUAGACAAGAAAAAUACAAUACUUUGCAUGUUAUUAGUUUAAGCAUACUAUGUUUGUCUAUUGUUGUGAUUUAGAUGAAGAUCAGAUUUUAUGACAAUAAUUCCAAAGGGUUCACAUACUUUUUCUUGCCACUGUACCUCUGAUUGUCAAGGUAGAAUAUUGACUAAGUAGGCUAUUACUGUCAAACCCUGAAGCUAUCAAUAAUGAAAACCUUAACUAUUAUCUUUAUGAGGAGAGCUGCGCUGCAGUACUGUAGUCACAGGUUUUAAGUUACAUAAUUAUGCAUGUAGGGCUAAAUGAGUAUGAGUGUUAGUAUUAAUUGCCACUUCUAAGCAGUGGUGUAAAAUACUUAAGUAAAAAUACUUUAAAGUACUACUCAAGUAGUUUUUGGGGGUAUCUGUACUUUACUAUUUAUAUUUUUGACUACUUUUACUUCACUACAUUCCUAAAGAAAAUGAUGUACUUUUUACUCCAUACAUUUUCCCUGACACCCAAAAGUACUAGUUACAAUUUCAAUGCUUAGCAGUACAGGGAAAAAGGUCAGAUUCACACACUUAUCAAGAGAACGUCCCUGGUCAUCCCUACUGACUCUGAUCUGAUGGACUCACUAAACAUAAACGCUUCCUUUGUAAAUAAUGUCUGAGGGUUGGAGUUGCCCCUGGCUGUCAAAAAAGUAAUAAAAAAGGAAAGGGUGCAGUCUGGUUUGCUAAAUAUGA